AUGGAACAGCUGCGACACACAAAACAUGCGAGCGGAGCGGAGCUAACAGCUAUUCAGCCAGAUCUGUGAUGAACGUUUGUGACGCGAGUCGGAGAUUUAGCCUCUUACAGGAAGCAGACACACCUGCCUGCAGCACAGACGCACCCCCCCUGCACCCCACCCCCCUCCUCCAGCAGAUGGACUUCAGAGCAGUCCUGGAGCAGAGCGACCUCUUUGUUCACCUGUGAGUAACUUCUGAUUGUUCAGCCUCCUCUGAGACGACCCUCUUGACUGUGAGUGACGCCCGGUCUGUUUGAGUAUGACAAAAGUUCCUGCUGCUAAUGAGUGACUUCACCUUUUACUCUGCAGUUAGCCUCUAAUCCCUGUGUCAGGACUAAAGGAGAGGGCUUGGACUAAACCUUGAAGAAGUCCAAUGACCUCUUCACCUGACUUUGGGCCAAUCUGUGUUAAUUAAUACUUAGGUUUGGAGGAUAAGAAUCAUAUUAUACUUUAUUUAGUAUUCAGUUUCUAGUACUCUAUUAAUCCUUCAAAGGAAAUUACUCCUUGAAUCCAUGACAUCCUUGAAAAAAAAUGGGGAGCGGGGGUUUCUUUUUCUGCUGCUGCUGCUUUACGGCACUACAUUUACAUUUAUGCAUUUAGCAGAUGCUGUGACUGUGACAGAGGAGGAUUAACAUUAUCAAGCAUGUGGUUGGUCUGGGAAUCGAACCCAGCACUCUCUGCUGUCUGCGUCCGUACUCCACAUCUUCAGGACGUUGAUCCAGACAUUUCCUAAUGUUUUCAUCAUUUAUGUUUCUUACACUUUAGUGUUAAAAUCUGUGACCCCUGCUAACCUGUUAACCUGCUUACCUCCCCUCAGAACCUGUCCCCUCCUGGGAACACAUGGAACUGCUGACCCGUCCAUUUAUUUUUACACCACCAGCCCGGCCUCACUGUCUGUGGUUCACAGCUCCCAGACCCAGCUGUGGAGCUCUGAGGUGUCGUACCCACACAGAAAUAACUCUCUGGAACCACCAGCUGAGAACAUACUGCUAACAUGCAGUACUGUGCAGCAGGUGUACACAUUCACUAAUACUUAUACUUACAGUAUACCAAGUUCUGAGCUAACAUUAGCUACAGCAGUAGCUGAUUACAACUAUUUGUAAUUGUACUCAGUCCUGCAAGUAUGUAGUAAUGUGUAGGUAGUAGAAAAAUAAAUAAGAAAAAACAUUGUUUAUUUUUACAAGUUCCACAGACAUAGAUUUAAAGUAAAGUAAAUUAAUGAAUGUUUAAAAUUAAAACGUGGAAUCUCUAACCGUCAGUUUGAUCUAAAUAUUUUAUUUUGUUAUAAAUCUGUAAAAAUGUUUUUGACAUUUUUCCAUGUUCAUAAUUUCCAGAACAGAAUUGUAUUUCCUCUUUAUUUUACCUGCCGAUGUAAACGGUGCCUGUCUCUUUAAGUCGUCCAGCUGACGGAAAACCGGAAGUGAGUAGCACUGCGUGCACAGCGGAUUCCGUCGUCAUCGACAACGCUGUCACAUUUGUUUGUGUUUGUUUGUAUUUAUCUGUUUUGACGGAUUCUUUUUCUGCUCCUGUUCGACUGAGGCCGAGGUUCUCACUCCUCCACAGACGGACUUCCCGCAGGGCACUCUGUUGUUUUAGCUGUUUUCGUGCAGGACUAUGGCAGACGGUGGACCGGAGGCUCCGGAGGCUCAGGCCGACGCUGACGACCCACGGCCCGUCAGCUUCCCUCCGCUCAUCACCGUCUCCGACCUGCCGAGCGCCACUGCUGAAGGUCGUAACCUGAAGGAGUGGCUCCAGGAGCAGUUCUGUGACAAACCUCUGGACCAGGACGACAUGAGGCUUCACAACGCUGCCUACGUCGGAGACCUGGACACUCUGAAGAACCUACUGCAGGAGGACAGCUUCAGACAGUUUAACGCUGACGUGGACAUGGACCACCAGCUCGGCCCCCGGCUCCUCUUAAGCGCUCGGACCCUGAACACCCUGGUGGUGUGCCCCCUCUACAUCAGUGCUGCCUACCACCACCUCCACUGUUUCCAGCUCCUCCUACAGGCCGGGGCACAGCCGGACUUCAACUACACCGGGCCGGUCUGCCACGAGGCCCUGACCCGCGGCUUGGCCUCCUGCCUGCUGGACGCCGUGCUGCGUCACGGAUGUGAAGUGGCGUUCGUCCACCUGCUGCUGGACCACGGCGCCAACCCUGCUCUGGUGCCCUGGGACGAGUUGAGCCUGGAGGCCAACAACAGAAGGAGGGUGGACACCGAGGCUCUCAGGGUGUUCCUGGAGGCCAGGAGAUGCCCCAGUAGACUCACACACUUGUGUCGGAUCAAGAUCCGCAGAACGCUGGGCAAAGGUCGUCUGGGCCACGUUCCCUCGUUACCUCUGCCAGAACCGAUCAAGAACUUCCUGCUGCACCUGAACUGACACACAGCACAAAAAACAGUUCUGCCGCCGCGCUGAGAAAAACAUUUAGUUUUGCUAAAUGUUUUCAACACGCCAACUGAAAAGUUCCAGUUCACAGGAGCAGGAACCUUGUCUAGAACCAGGAGCAGUAUCGCUGCUCCUGUCUUCAGUACAGACGACUCACCUGUGGACCCACUGUCAGAAUCAGACAGAAACACUGGACGAGCUGCUGUGAGGCACAGGCCGGGGCAGCUGGGUAAACCGCUGUCUUCCUGUGGGCAGUUUCUGCUGCCACAGGCUUCCCAUUCAAGUCAAUGGUAUUUAUAUACACAACCCACUGUGUCUGUAGCGCCACUGGUAUUUUUUUAAAACAUGCUCAAAUAAAUAUGUAAAGAUAGCAACAGCUAUAAACGGUAAGACCCCACUGAGCUACGACAAAGCGUCAAAGAAUUCUCACACUGUUGCUAAACAACGUGACGUCAGACGGACGUGUUCAAAGGUGAUUAUACAUGGUCACAAAGUUCUAAGACAGUAAUUCCCAUUUCUACCACCAGGUCACGUUGGUCUGUCCAGCCUAGUGUUGAGCUGCGUUACCUUUGAUUUUUAAUGAACCUCAGAUAAAAAAAUGAAGCAUUUUCAAAUAAUCUUCCCAAAACUGAAACAAUGUCUGUACAUUUGUCCAAUCAUCUUGACUGUAAGGUGAACCAUGUGACAUUGUUUGCUUGUGGGGGCAUCCUCUCCACAGUGAGGGCGAAAUAAAGUUAGCUGAAGACACCUGA